AUGAAAUUGGAUGAUUUCUUCAUAUGGCCUGACAACUCCUCAAUGUAUAAACUUACACAUGCCGAACCAAGACCGUACAUGAAAGAUAUAGUCGAGGUUACCGCUGAAAGAGGAAAAUAUAUAUUGACCUAUAAAACAGGUUUUGACACAGACAAUACAUGCAUAUCUCUUGAUUUCCUUAGCAAAAACGCAAGCCGGCAACUCCACCCUCCACCUGAUAAAGCAAAUCCUAGAGGAAUUACAAGAGAAAGGAAAAAGCCUAUUGAGAAAAAUUUGUUUCCAAUUAUUCCAACAAGUAGGAGACUAUUUUGGGAAAGUCUUCCAGUAAAUGACAAUGCAGCAGAUCUUAGAGUUCAUUAUAAUAAUUUAUAA